AUGAGGAGCGGGCCCAUCUCCCUCGAGUAUAAGCAUUGGGUUUUUACUGUGGGAGUUGAUAAAUCAUGGAGGGAGAUCAACAACUCUUGUUCCAGCCCCUUCUACCCCUUUGAUAGCUAUCGCUUCCCUUACUAUCCCAAUACCAGUGUUUACAUUGACGGUGUUAUCUAUUCCUAUAAUUCGUUGACUAACCAUAUAGUAGCAUUUGAAGUUGGGUGCGAGAGUUUUUCUAUGAUGACUUUGCCGAGAUCGCUGUCAUAUUUUCUUCUCAAAGAGUCCGCAUUGCUAGAAGUUGGAGGUCGACUGGUUGUGGUUCGUGUUCGUGUUCCUGAACUAGGAGGAGAAAGCCUACGCCACAUGAAUGUUUGGACUUGGGAGAAAUCUAAGGAAUGUUGGGAGGAGAUUACUAUAACCAUUCCAUUGAAAUUGAGUAGAAUGAUUAACUACGCUAGAUUGUUGCGCUUUGCUACGAAUCAUGAUGGGGAGAUUGUGUUGUUAUGUAGAUAUGUUGAGAAAUUUUUCAUUUUGGUUUGUAACUUGAAAAGUGAGGUUUGGAGAAAAUUUGAUGUAAGUGGAAUUGAAGACUUUUCAAUCUUUAACUCUUGGAAAGUUGCUAUGCACAACGUUGUGGAACAUGUGUUUCCCCUGAAGUGA